AUGGCCGAGCGUGUAACUCUGCGCAAGCGCAACCCUUACAACACCAAAUCGGCUCGUCGCCAGAUCAUCAAGACUCCCGGUGGACAUCUUCGGUACCUUCACGUCACCAAGCGUGGAAGCGUGCCCAAAUGCGGUGAUUGCCAUUCGGACCUUUCUGGUAUCAAGGCUCACCGUCCUCGUGAAUUUGGAACGAUCUCGAAGCGUCAGAAGACGGUCAGCCGUGCUUACGGUGGUUCGCGUUGCUCCGGAUGUGUCAGGACCCGCAUUAUCAGGGCCUUUUUGGUCGAAGAGGCAAAGAUCGUCAAGCACGUCCUCAAGAGCCAGGCUAAGGCCAAGUGA